AUGUACAGCGAAAAGACGUGGAACAGCUGGGUGCUGAUUCCACUAUGGAUCGCCCACCUGACGUUCCUGCUCAUCUUCAUCGGCGUACUCGCUGUGUCCAUGAUGGAGUACGCUGGCGAUCACGAAGGGCAGAACAACGGCACCCUCACCGCAUUCAUGGUCUUCUUCUUCAUCGCACUCAUCAUGUCGCCGCUCGAGAUGGUGCUGCAGUCCUAUCGAAUGCUCCAGCCAUGGCUAUACUUGAGCUUCCAGGUGUACAAGCUGGUGAUCGCGAUCAUAUUCACGAUCGUCGAGAUUAUAGAAUACACAAACCAAGACUGGACGUCGAUUGCAGGGUGGAUCCGAAUUCUGAUGAUUUCGUUGAUUGCGGUUACUGUGGUUGUGGGAGCGACGUUCGUCCCAUCGGUAGUCUAUGGCGCCAUUGUGGUGCACCGCCGCCGGAAAUCGCCAGAUUACGACUACGUGAAAGAGCGGAACAGCGAAUACGAGAUGGCAGUGGAGUCCCGUCGGCCAAGGACCACUCUCGCCAGUGGUGGAUUGAGGUAG